AUGACAUCCACGGCAGGUCGGCUGGCCCAUCAGCAGAAUAGGAAAAAAGGUAUUGGCACCAACAAGCAGGCUGUGAAGUUCUCCAAGCAGGACUAUGAGACUCUGCGCCAGCAGUGUCUGAAGAGUGGACGUCUGUUUGAGGAUGACUGCUUUCCAGCUGAGCACAAGUCACUGGGCUACAAUGAACUGGGACCAUACUCAUCUAAGAUCAGGGGUGUCGUUUGGAAGAGGCCAAAUGACCUGUGUUCCGACCCAAAGUUCAUUGAUGAUGGAGCCACACGGACAGACAUUUGCCAAGGAGUUCUGGGUGACUGCUGGCUUCUGGCUGCGAUAGCCUCUCUGACUCUAGACAAGAAGAUCCUGGCUCGUGUGGUGCCCUCUGGACAGAGUUUCAUCAAAGAUUAUGCCGGGAUAUUUCACUUCCAGUUCUGGCAAUUUGGUGAAUGGGUGGAUGUGGUGAUUGAUGACCGCUUGCCCACCAGAGAUGGGAAGCUGCUGUUUGUACACUCAGCAGAGGGGUCAGAGUUUUGGAGUGCACUACUGGAGAAAGCCUAUGCUAAGUUGAAUAGCUGCUAUGAGGCCCUGUCAGGAGGAAACACCAUCGAGGGUUUUGAGGAUUUCACUGGAGGAAUUGCAGAAAUAUACUCUCUGGACAAGGCUCCACCACAACUCUUUCAAAUCAUGCAGCGAGCCUUGUCGCUGGGCUCUCUAAUGGGCUGCUCCAUUGAUAUCACCAGUGCCUAUGAGACAGAGGCAGUUACAGCUCUCAAACUCGUAAAAGGACAUGCAUACUCAGUCACUGGUGCACAAAAGGUUCACUUUCAAGAUGAGGUGGUUCAGCUGGUACGCAUCAGGAACCCUUGGGGUCAAGUGGAGUGGACAGGGCCUUGGAGUGAUGGAUCCAAUGAAUGGAAAUACGUCAGUGGAGAUGAAAAAUCAAAGUUGAACCAUGUGGCUGAAGAUGGAGAGUUCUGGAUGUCCUAUUCAGACUUCACCCGGCAGUUCUCCAGACUGGAGAUCUGUAACUUGACCCCAGAUACGCUCAUGAGUGAAGAUGUGGGCCACUGGAACCACCACCAAUUUGAAGGGAUGUGGAGGGUCGGUUCCACUGCUGGCGGCUGCCGCAAUAACUCAGCAACCUUCUCGUCGAACCCUCAGUUUGUGAUGCGUCUGGAAGAUGUGGAUGAUGAUCCUGUGGAUGGGCAGGAUGGAUGCACCUUUCUGGUGGGGCUGAUGCAAAAGGAUGGACGAAGGCAGCGUAAUCUUGACCGAAACCUUGAGACUAUUGGCUUUGCCAUUUAUGAGAUCCCAGAUCAGCUCAAAGGUUGCAGCAAUGUUCACCUAGGUCCGGAUGUCCUGCUGCGACAGAAAUCUGUGGCGAUGAGCACUUUUGUCAACACACGGGAAGUUUGUGACCGCUUCACACUUCCUCCAGGAGAAUAUGCCAUAGUCCCCUCGACCUUUCACCCUCACAAGAAUGGCAGCUUUGUUCUUAGGGUGUUCUCAGAGAAACAGGCUGCUACCAGUCCAUUGGAGGUGGAAAUUGAUGCUGUAAUAGAGGAGGAGGAAAUAUCAGAGAGUGAUGUGGAUCCUCAUUUCAAGCAUCUCUUCAAGCAGAUUGCUGGCAAUGACAUGGAAGUAUCAGCCUUUGAACUGAUGAAAAUUUUGAACAAUGUUGUCUCUCAUCGGUCUGAUCUCAAGACAGAUGGCUUCAGCCUUGACACAUGCCGUCUUAUUAUCAGUCUUCUAGAUAAAGAUGAAAGUGCCCAUUUGGGACUGAUGGAGUUCCACAUGCUUUGGAACAAAAUCCAGAAAUAUCUGGAGAUCUUCAAAAAGUAUGACAAUGACAACUCUGGCACCAUGAGCUCCCACGAGAUGAGAGGUGCUUCCACUGAAGCAGGUUUCCAGGUGAACGCUGCUAUGCUGCAGGCCAUUGUCAGUCGUUAUGCUGACACUCAGUAUGCCAUAGACUUUGACAGUUUUGUAGGCUGUCUCAUCAAAGUAGAAAUGCUCUUCAAAAUGUUUAAGGCUCUAGACAGUGAUGGCUCAGGGAAGAUUGAGCUGGACAUGCAACAGUGGCUGUGUCUGGCGAUCUACUAG